CAACUGGUACUGGUAGUAGUAGGUUCCUUCUCACGAAAGGAGCGGUCUGGGGAUAACGAGGUCUGGAGAAGUCUGAAUUUUUUUUUCCAUUCUUAAGGAAUAAAGAGAAAUUCCUUUAAGCGUUGGAUGAACAACACCCUCCUUGGGCUGGAUUUAUUUUUCAACUCUCCGAUUUAGAUUCUUUUCAUUUCCUUUACAUAAAAAUAACAAAUUCAUCACUAUGGGAUCCCAGGCAUCAAAGGGAGGAGUGGCUGUUGAGGGGAAAGCCGCCGCGGCUGACCCGGCUGCCGUCAAGACAAACGGACAGGAGAAUGGUCAUGUCAAGACCAAUGGUGAUGUUUCUGCCAAAGCUGAGGGCGAUGCUGCCGCCACCACCAACGGCUCAGCCGAAGCCGCCAAAGAAGAGGGUGCCAGCGAUGCCAUCGAACCCGCUCCGGCUGCCGAGGGUGAGGCCGCCAAGCCUGAGGGCGAGGCCACCAAAGAGACCCCCAAGAAGAAGAAGAAGAAGUUCUCCCUGAAGAACUCCUUCAAGUUCAAGGGUAUCUCCCUGAAGAAGAACAAGAAGGAGAAGGAGGUGAAGGAGGAGGCGGUCGCCACAGUGGAGGAGAAGGCCGAAGAGACCGCCCCAGCUGCGGACGCCGCCGCGGAUGCUGCCCCUGCCGCCGAGGAGAAGAAGGAGGAGGCCGCCAAAGCCGAGGAAGCUGCCCCUGCGGCCGAAGCUCCCAAGGCGGAGGAGACCCCUGCCAAGGCUGAGGAGGCCCCAGCCCCCCAGAAGGAAGAGGCUGCUGCUGCUGCCGCCGCCCCUGCUGAGCCCACAAAACCAACAGAGGAGACCAGCUCAACACCCGCACCAUCCGAACAGAAAGAGUGAUUGUACUUCACAAGGACCGCGAACUGUUUUUCAAAAAAAAUACAAAUAUAUAUAUAUAUAUUUAUAUAUAUGUGUAUAUGUAUACAUAUGUAUAUAUACAUGGAUAUAUGUAUAUGUAUAUAUACACAUGUAUGUGAAAAAAGACUCCUUGUGCCACUUUCUUUAAGAAUAAUAACAACAGACAAAACUAGACUCACUAGUUCACUUCCCUGAUUAUGGCUCAAUGAUCUGGAACUCAGCUGCAUCCACACAGAUGGGACUCAGUGUCAGAAGGGGGUUGAACACGUGUGUAAGAGUUGGAGUCGAAGGCUGUGCAUCUCCCAAACACCCGCAGAUGCUAAAUAUGUUUGUUCAACAGGAAGGCGAGAGGUGCCCAACACCUCAUUAAGUGACUGUUUAGAGAAAAAAAAAUGGAGAUUGAGAAAAAGAUGACAAAAGACUUGCCAACUUUCUACAUUCCUAUAUUUUAACCCAAAUUUAAGUAUUUUGUGGUGUAUAGAGAACCAUUUUAAAUAUUCAGAAGGCUUUGUCUUGUUUGUUUAAAAAAAUCGCAAUUUAAUUUUCAUCUUGGCUAAACAGAAAAAAAGAAACACAUUUGAGCUUGCUAUGUUCACAUUUGAAGUUUUAAAAGAAGCAGAGUUGUUAUGUGUUAAAUGUGAGCCUUGAUCUGCUUUUUUGUCUCUGUAAAUACAUUUGACCGAUUUUGUUCUUUAUUUUGCUAAUGUUUAAAGAUGUUACUGGUUUUAUUGUAAAGUUGAUAAUGGUAAAUAAAUGUUGGUUACCUACUUAAA